AUCAUGUGCCACAUUCCAGUCUUCUGUUGGAUUUCUGCAACAGUCCUUGAACACAUGCUGAAACAUAAGAGAGAAGAAAUGCCCAAGACUCUGACUGAGAUGUACACACACCUUGUGGUGUUUCAUACCAAACAGAAGAAUGAAAAGUAUUUUGAGAAAGAAGACACAGGUUCACACUGGAAUAAAGAGAUCAUUCUGUCACUGGGAAAACUGGCUUUUCAACAGCUUGUGAAGGGCAAUCUGAUUUUCUAUGAAGAAGACCUGAAAGAUGCUGGCAUUGAUGUUAAUGAAGCCUCAGUGUACUCAGGAUUGUGCACACAGCUCUUUAAAGAGGAAUGUGGGCUGUACCAGGACAAGGUGUACUGCUUUGUUCAUCUGAGCAUUCAGGAGUUUCUGGCUGCUGUAUAUGUGUUCGUCUCAUUCAUCAACAACAAUGAGAAUCUAAUGGACAAACUGCAAUCAACGUCCAGGAACUUUUCUGUGAGGAUCAAACAAAGGCGUAAAGUUACUUUCUACAAGAGUGCUGUGGAUAAAGCCUUACAAAGUGAGACGGGAAACCUGGACCUUUUCCUCCGCUUCCUUCUGGGCCUCUCACUGGAGUCCAAUCAGAAGCACUUACGAGGUCUACUGACAAAGACAAGAAGCAGCUCACAGAGCCAUGAAGAAACAGUCGAGUACAUCAAGGAGAAGAUCAGGAAGAAUCUCUCUCCAGAGAGGAGCAUCAAUCUGUUCCACUGUCUGAAUGAACUGAAUGACCAUUCUCUAGUGGAGGAGAUCCAAAGCUACCUGAGAUCAGGAAGUUUCUCAGAAGACAAACUGUCACCUGCACAGUGGUCAGCUCUGGUCUUUGUGUUGCUGACUUCAGAAAAGGAGCUGGAUGUGUUUGACCUGAAGAAAUACUCCAGAUCAGAGGAAGGUCUUCUGAGGCUGCUGCCAGUGGUCAAAGCCUCCAGAGCUGUUCUGCUGUCAGGCUGUGGAGUCACAGAGGAAGGCUGUGCUUCUCUGGUCUCAGCUCUGAAGUCAAACCCCUCACACCUGAGAGAGCUGGACCUGAGUAACAAUGACCUGAAGGAUUCAGGAGUGAAGCUGCUCUCUGCUGGACUGGGGAAUCCCCACUGUAAACUGGAGACUCUGAGGCUGUCAGGCUGUCUAGUCACAGAGGAAGGCUGUGCUUCUCUGGUCUCAGCUCUGAGGUCAAACCCCUCACACCUGAGAGAGCUGGACCUGAGCUACAAUGACCUGAAGGAUUCAGGAGUGAAGCUGCUCUCUGCUGGACUGGGGAAUCCCCACUGUAAACUGGAGACUCUGAGGCUGUCAGGCUGUCUAGUCACAGAGGAAGGCUGUGCUUCUCUGGUCUCAGCUCUGAGGUCAAACCCCUCACACCUGAGAGAGCUGGACCUGAGCUACAAUCACCCAGGAGACUCAGGAGUCAGACUGCUCUCUGCUGGACUGGAGGAUCCACACUGCAGACUGGAGAAACUCAAUGUGGAACAUGGUGGAGAGAACAGAAUGAAACCUGGACUUAGAAAAUAUGUCUGUGAUCUCACACUGAACCCAAACACAGUAAACAGACUCCUCUCUCUGUCUGAGGAGAACAGAAAGGUGACAUGGAGGAGAGAGGAGCAGCCGUAUCCUGAUCACCCAGAGAGAUUUGAGGACUGGGGACAGGUGCUGUGUAGAGAGGGUCUGACUGGGCGCUGUUACUGGGAGGUUGAGAGGAGUGGGAGAGGGGCUGAUAUAGGAGUGACAUAUAAAGGAAUCAACAGGAGAGGAGAGGUUGAGGACUGUUGUCUUGGAUACAAUGACAAGUCCUGGAGUCUGGACUGCUGUGACAACCGUUACAUUGCCAGGCACAAUAAUAAUCAGACUAUCAUAGUCGUCCCCUCCUCCAGCUCCCACAGAGUAGGAGUGUAUCUGGACUGGCCAGCCGGCACUCUGUCCUUCUAUAGAGCCUCCUCUGACACACUGACCCACCUGUACACAUUCACCUCCACAUUCACUGAGCCCCUCUAUCCAGGGAUUUGGGUUUGGGAUGAAGGCGACUCAGUGUCCCUGAAAUAAUGGUGAUGGUGACUCAGUGUCAAUAAUAACCUGACACACACACACACACACACAGGACACACACACACACAGGACACACACACACACUGGACACACACACACACUGGACACACACACACUGGACACACACUAGACACACACACACUGGACACACACACAAUGGACACACACUAGACACACACACAAUGGACACACACUAGACACACACACACUGGACACACACUAGACACACACACACUGGACACACACUAGACACACACACACUGGACAUACACUAGACACACACACACUGGACAUACACUAGACACACACACAAUGGACAAAUACACACACACACACAUACACACACACUGGACAAACACACACGCACUCUGGACACACACACACUCUGGACAC